AUGGCAACACAGGUUCCGCUGCCAGUCGAUAGCGGCGAACCCGGAACGAACCAAGGGAUUCACAAUGUCUUGGCUCGGGAUCAGAGUGUAUCUCUUGCUGGCACGUACCACGACGUGAAUAUUACGAUUGGAGAUGUCCAAAAAAGUGAGGAUCACCUAUCAAACUAUAAUUUUGGCCCGUCAACAUUCUUUUCCGUAGCGACCUUCAAAGAAGAGAUCAAACGUUGUCGCAAUGCCGUUUUCGUCAGCCAUCCAGACAUAGACAGAGAAGCCCUGGCGAACGCGAAAGGGAAAAGGGCGGAUGGUACCUGCGAAUGGAUCCUUCAAAGCCCACAUUACCAGUCGUGGCUAGCUAAGGAGUUUCCAGUCCUGCGAAUAUCUGGUGGCCCUGGUAAAGGCAAAACUGUCAUUUCGCUUUUUCUCGCCGAGGACCUCACGACGCGACUCCGAGACGGAACAGACCGUCUUCUGUCGUUCUUCUGUCGAUUCCAGGAUGCCAGAUUCAACGAUCCACUAAAUGUGUUGCGAAGCCUGGCGUAUCAACUUCUAGAAUUUAGCUAUGAUGCUACACUGGUCAACCAGGUCUUGAAAUAUUUUGAAAGUGAAGAAAAGACACGAGAUGUCUUGUCAAAUUUGGAGGGCCUAUGGAAGAUAUUGGAGACUCUAUUGGCCCAGCAAGAGCUUCCUACGGUGUGGUGCAUUGUGGAUGGAAUAGACGAGUGCGACUCGUCUGAGAAUCUCGCAGCCAAGUUCUACGAGUAUUGUGGCCGUUGUGGGAAUCCAAAUGGGGAACGCAAAUUCCAGUUUGUCAUCUUGGGCCGGAAUAUUGACGACUCUGGUGUAACACCUACCAUUAACCUCGAUAAGAGCGACAACGAAUCUGUCACGACUGACGUUGGGACUUUCAUCACAUCGAGUCUGCAGCAACUCGAAAUGAUACCGCGAUUUGCAGAAUGUCGCUCUGAGAUUACGAAACUUUUGGUUGACAAAGCCGAAGGAAUCUUUCUAUGGGUUAGCUUUAUUAUUGCAGAACUCAGCAAGAAACGAACAUGCCUCCAGAUAAUGGAUACGGUCAACGCGUUUCCUAAAGGACUAAACGCGACCUUUGCCAGGAUGCUGGGCGGAGUCGACCCGGAAUACCGUCAAGUCAGCGCAUCCAUACUAAAGUGGAUAACCUUUUCAGAAAGACCCCUUACCCUGAACGAACUGGCAGAUGCCACUGCUGAAAGCGUACUGCGAAAUCACGAUGGGGCCGGCACAGGGGUCGUGGCAGACGUCGUCUUUAUUCUGAGACCGCUACUUCAGGUGCACGAAGGAAAGGUUCUCUUUGUGCAUCAAUCAGCCAAAGAAUAUUUCACUAGCAGCCAUCGGAACUCGGAGGCACCCUUAGAAGAGUACCGUUUUACGUCCAACGAGUGCCAAGGUCCCAUCGCCCAGAGAUGCUUAGUGGUGCUCAAGGAAAGCGAUCACCAAACCAAAAAACAAACACACGAUAACAACUAUUCUACCAUCUCUCCUCUUUUUGAAUAUGCUAAAGAAUACUGGGCCUAUCAUAUUAGACUGUCCGCGACAUGCCCCAUCGAUAUUAACCGCUCGUUCUUCGUCAAUAUGGUAUUGAAACAAGAUAGCUUCCUCCAAGAGAUCUUCGAUCCACUCUUUCCGUCAUUACAUCAAGCAUGUGCGUUUGGUAUCGUCCGAUGGCUUGAGGCCCUUUACCGGCAUAAUAAGCCGCACUGGAAGGAAAACAUCAAUGUCAGGCUUCGCCCUGGGCGGUACCGGCUCCCUCAGUUACCAUCUAAACGGCUCCCUCGAUUACCAUUGUCAUGGGCAAUGGCUAGUGGUGAUGAAAGCACAAUAAGGUUUCUCCUUAACCAUGGGGCCAAAUCCCGACGUUCGAUGAGAGAAGCAUUUUCUUACGCAGCGGAAAUUGGGCAACCGGCCGCCGUGCGAAUUCUGCUUGAGAGCGGUGUUACAUUUCACUACGCUUUCAAGGAAAGGAUGAAGAAUCAACUGUGGUGCGCCCUGUUGCCUUCGGACUUUUAUGAAUGCGAUGGUGACCGGAAGUCGACCCUUAAUCUUCGCCACAAAUUCUGUUUAGAUCGUCUACAUGAUUGGAAUAUACACUGGCUCUACGCGUCCCAUACGCUCUUGAUCCAUGCAGCCUCGCAUGGACACAAACCAACAGUCCAGCUUGUUCUUGAUCACGGCGCUGAUAUUGAAGCGAAGGCAGAUUGGGGGAAUGAGAAUGCCCUGUGCGCUGCAGCCUUCGAGGGACGUCUAGAUGUUCUGAAGCUCCUCCUUGAUCGCGGAGCUAAUAUCGAGGCCAAAGAUGACCGAGGACGGACUGCCCUGUCUGUAGCAGCAUCAAGAAGACAUCUGUCUCUUGUGGAGUGCCUCCUUGGAAACCGUGCGGAUAUCGAGGCCACAGACCAUUUCGGAGCGACAGCUUUGAUGAUUUCAAUAUGGGAGAAUAACACCGACAUAGUAGGCUACCUCAUCGAUCAUGGCGCCAAUAUAUUUGCCAGGGAUUCUCCAAAUGAGACCGGUUUGAUAAAAGCCAUACUCAGAGGUCAUAUGGAAUUACUAGGAGAACUUAUUAAUUGUGGCAUUUGUGCGGACGAUGUGGCCCAAAGUAACCGCCCUCUUGCUCUCAUUGCCGUAGAGCAUACCUCUGAGCGAUUGCUACACUUCCUAUUCGAAAACGGUGUCGAUAUCAACAAAAAAUGUCCAUUUGGCGUCACCCCACUGAUCUCUGCCCUCACACUGUCUUGGGAUUCAAAAGGCUUUACCAUCCCUUCUUUUUGGAAUGGGAAGUCAUCUGCUGACAUCACAGGAAGGUUUCCUGGCCUCUUCCUUGAUACCCAACGUUCGCUGUGCAACAGGCCGUCUAUCUCGUUUGAAAAUGACGCAAUGGCAAGAACUUUACUCAGUCAAGGGGCUGAUAUAAGCCUAUGCGGAAGGGUCUGCUUCUAUGAAUCUCUCUUGGACGAUGAGAGAAUAGAGUGGGAUAGACGUAGAGCCUUGGAAGAAGGAACUGGAGGAGUGGUGUUAGAUGCGCCACCAGUCAUCUGUGCAGCCAGGCUAAGCUUAGACUGGGCUAUCAAUCUCUUACUUGAACGUGGUGCUGAUUGUAACGCGAGGGCUACGGAGUUAUACCUACCAAAACGAAAGGGAUUCUAUUUCAUACCAUCUACUAUCAGGGGUCGCCGAAAGUACUACGAAGAGAUUGAAAGAUUUCCUGAUAUUGGUUGGGAUCACAUUCCCUCCUGGCCACUACCAAAGGAAGUUUGUGCUCGCCCAGCCGGCUCGGCGCUCGUAUAUGCAUCGAUGAGUGGUCAUCUAACGACCGUUCGUCUUUUACUUAGCUACGGGGCCGAUACGAGCAUUGAGGACGGCUUUGGGAUGACAGCACUAAUGUGGGCGAUAAAGAAGGAAUUUUUGGAGAUCAAGGAGGUGUUGGAGGCACACGAUGCUGGUAGGAUAUAA